UGAAGAUGUGACAGAGGGGAAGUCUCCAUCAAGUAUGUGGAUAUGCUGGAAAGUGACCUAUUUGUUUUUUUUUUAUGGAGAAUUUUGUUCUUCCAAAAAUCAAAUUAAACCAGGACUGACCUCAAUUGCUGGACUACAGGGAAGAUCUAUUAUGUUUCCCAUACAGAUCUCUGAUGGCUAUGUGAAGAAUGAAAGAAGAGACACCAUUGCAGCUCUCUUUGAAGGCAAAUUUAAAAUUGACGACGAACAUUUUCGAAAUCAUAUACGCUGGGACAACGAGACUCGAUACAUCUCUUUUUAUGACUUAAGGACUGGCGACUCAGGCAUAUAUGUCAUAGACUACACUGCAAACACGACAAGAAUAAAGAACUAUUUUCAGAUAACUGUAUAUGAAGAAGUUCCCCAGCCUCAGGUGUCACUAUAUGAUAAUCGUUCCUGUACAUGGCAGUGCUCUGUGGAGAACGGCAGAGAUGUGAACUUGACCUGGUAUAAAGAGAAUGAACCCUUGAACUGGACCAGUAACCCUGACAACAACAUCAGUCUCAGUCUUCAUCUUAGAGCUGAAAAUUCUUCCACUUAUGAGUGUGUGGCUUCCAACCCUGCCAUAAAUCAGACAACACAGCUAUUGCCCAGUGAUACACAACACUGUUUUGCAUCUCCAGACCAAGGACGAAAACACGACUCCAUAACAAUCUCUGUGAUUUUGAGUGUUGUCUGUGUUAUAUUUGGAGUCUUUUUUCUGUUUCUAAGGAGAAGGAACAGAAUCAAACACAUACAAGGCAGUUCAAUUUGGAGAAGAAGAACUACAAACUGAAGUUCAAUAUGAGAUAUUGCACAGUGAAAAAAGACUAAGACAGGGACACGGACCCCUCCUACCAGAGCUGUGUGCCGAAGCAGAGGAGUCACUAUUAACCUAUUAUUAAUCUAUGCCCAAAUUGAACCCCAUCCCCUCGAGGACAAUGGUACAGACAGUAAUUUGACAGGGAGUGCAGUCUUGGGUCGCCUCUGAAAUUAAUUUCACUGUGCUUUUGCCACAUCAAAAAGUGCUGGAGGGAAAGAAGUCAGUUCAAAUAUAUUAUAUUUGCAAAAGCCUAAAGGCUAAAGGCUUUGCUUUAAAGGCUAUUAUGCUUAAUAGUUAGGGCCCAAGUUUUACAAGACCUCAGUUUUCAGAAGCAUAGAGGAUAGUAAACGUCCUAAACUUCUACAUUUUACAUACAGUAUUAUUUUAUAAAAGCCACAAAUAUGGUUCUUAAUGUGUUUAUGACCUUGUUCACAGUAUUACAUUUGCAAAAGCAAGCUAAGUGGUACGUUCAGCCUAUGCCUGUUCAAAUUCAAUACAACUGAGACAACAUUCCUGAUGGAUUUUAUUUUAUUAUUGAGUGUAUUUAUGUACAAAAUGCUAAUUGUUGUUGAAAUAAAUGACAAGCAACAAAACAA